GUUAGUCUUCCGAGUUUGAACGAAGAGUCUUGCAAUAAUAAACAUACUGAGCCACCAGUGUAUGCUCCGGCUACCGACGACAUCGAAGACAUCAUAGCGAAAGCGGCGUCUUUUUGGGAGAUGGCGAUGACAGGCUUAACUCAAACCCCUGUCGUGCCCAGUCCGUUCAGGCCGACUGUACAAGGCUGAAGAUGCGUCAUGACGAUUGGUUAGAAGAUGUCCUAUCCCAACAAACCGUUUGUAAUAGAGGCUUAAAAACAGAGCUUUUAAUGGCUGAAGACUUAUACUGCGCCUUGCAGAGGCAGGUACGGCGGCUAAGUCCGAGGCUACUUAAAUACCAACCUCGCCCGCUCAAUCUGACUGCUUGGUCCAAGUUAUUUAAAGAAACAUUCUCUCAUUUUUAUCAAGGCCGCAGUCGAUACCUACGGGUCAGAUUCUCCUUCAUGGCAGACUUACCACAGGUAGCAUAUUCAGAAGCAGGCCCAGAUGUCCAACCGUGGCCUCACCAGCAAGCACACUACUACGCACUAGCGCCGCCCGGGCUUAACAACGAGACCAGCAUCCACCGCGUAGAUACUUCAAAGCAUGGCUUAAUUUUGGGAUUCAGGAAACAGACAUUCUGGUUUAUUAUCGUUCUUAGCGUCGUAGUCAUUGCGGCUGCCAUAAGCGGUGGUGUUGGGGGUUCACUAGCGUCCAAAACGCAGAGUGGGCUUCAAUACUUUGGUGUCUCAGACACUUUACCUACGAAAUACAGAUCAAAAUCCGAACCUCAAUUACGAUCAACUGAAACUAUCACAAUCACGCCUUCGUCGUCGUCCUCCGCUAACGCCACAUCCCCUUCAACCACAAGCACUUCAAGCUCUACCACAUACGCCUCUAGAGCCCUCCGCCGUUCUCCGUAUCGACAACUCGUGCCCGUCCCAAAGUACUCCUCUCCAGUCGUGGAGUAGAGAGGCUUUCAGCUGCAAUCCCUUGACAGAUUACAAUGGUCACGACGUGGCGGGGCUCCUAGCAUACAGUUUGCAGGCUUGCAUUGAUGCUUGUAGCUCAAUGAAUUGGGCAGCUGGGAGAUCGAAUUGUGUGGCUAUAGCUCUGGCAUGGGAUAUGAGUAAUGCGUAUGCAUUAUACCAUGGCGCAAACUGUUGGCUAAUGGGGAAUAUUUCAAAAUCUGCACUUGCGGCAAAUUCGAAUGGGACUAUUGCUAUACUGUGUGGUUCGGGGGGUUGUUAAGUUCAAUCUUUGAUAGUAAAGAACGUUACGAAUCUUUGGGAAGGCUUCGAUUGCAAUAGAGAUAUUUUGAGCAGCAAAGAGUUAUUUAGAAGAGUUUAUAGGAGUUAUAAGAGACGAAGAACCGGGUUAAUUUUCGGUUCUAACCUUAGCAUCAGUGCUUCAACGAGUUCUGAAGACCUUGAAAUUUCCCAAGCCGGUAGAAGCUAAUCUAUUUCAAG